AUGGAUCAAGAAUAUCACUUUAAGAGGAACCAUGUGCCAGCAUUUGGAAGCUGGGAUUGGAAUGAUAAUCUUCCAUUCACACAGUGCUUUGAAUCAGCAAGACAAGGUGGUUUUCUACACUAUAGUUACAACUCUGAAACUGAAGAUCAAGAUCUCUAUGUUGCUGGUGAUUUGUAUGAUAACCAUGUUGUUACUCCUGCUAUGAUUGUUGUUCCUCGUAGAAGGGAAAAGCUACGUUCCCAAAAUGAAAAAGAUGCAAAAAAGCAAAAUUGGGUGAACAGUGUUAUGAAUGAGCCACCAAUGUCAAGACCAACACCAAAACCUGUUGAUGAAGAUUUGUACAAAAUUUCACCAGAUCUUCUUUAUGUCAAAACUACCAAGAAAAGAGGGUUGUGUUUCUUUCCAAGUUGCUUGUUUCCAACUUGCAUUGCUUGA